GUAAUACUCUGCCUGUCCAGUGCCAGGUGUGACUGAGGAGACUAAGCUCGGAAAAAAAUUCAAUGGCACCUGCAAAAGGCCGUCUUUAAAGUACCGAGCACGGAGUAGUAUGUAGUUCCUGCCCUUUUCUCCCCCACCCCCAUUAAGUUCGACUUCGAGUCCAAGGAGUCAGGACCACCUGCCAGGGCCACCAGGAUCACCAGGCAUGGAUAUAUCCCCAAUGUUUUAUUACCUCAUCCGGUGUGGAUCCAUUUAAGGGACGAGUCAGGCGCCAAGAAAUCAAGAAAUCGCAGUUACGAUGCAAUACCUAUUACCUUUGACACCAAUCCAUCUCACCCAGAAACCCCGUUUACCUACAUACUUGAUUUUAUCUCCCAUUUCUACAUAACACUUCCUUCAAGCUCUACCUAACCAUAUCGGGCUGCACGGUUAACCCUUCACUCUUCGCUUUCAAGAGAACAUCACGACCUUCUUUCUUCACUGGUAGGAAACAUUUAAACGGAACAGCGGUGUGUUUCGUGUUUCUAGGGCUUUCCUUACUUUCAUUUCUUCUGGUCUGGAGUCAUUAGGAGUCAUUGGCCCGGUGGCAUUUUAAUUCCCAACUCCUAACACUUCGACUUCGACUUCGAGUCCGACUUCAAUUUCGAUUCCGAGGACACGCGAGUCGCACAUCUCCGUCGCACCACGUACUCGACACCUUUCCAUACAAUAACACAGACAAUAAUUCAUAACCCCAUUCUUCGCGAUGUCAGCAUCAAGAUUUGGCGGUGGUGGCGCUAAGCAUCGGCUGAUGUCGGAGAUACAAGAACUCUCCAAAGAGAAAUGGGUCAACAUCGAUCUGGUACACGAUAAUAUCCUUCGCUGGCGUCUAGGUCUUAUUGUCGUCAAUCCCGACAGCGCAUUCAAUGGAGGUUACUUUAGAGCUGAGAUGACAUUCACCGACGAAUAUCCCUACCAACCACCGUCGUUCAGAUUUCUUGUUCCUAUCUACCAUCCCAACGUUUAUCCGGACGGUAAACUAUGCAUCUCCAUUCUGCAUACGCCGGGUGAGGACCUCACUUCGGGAGAGCAGGCUAGCGAGCGUUGGUCUCCGUUGCAGGGUGUCGAGUCAGUCCUGCGGUCCGUACUUCUACUACUGGACGAUCCGGAGAUCAAUUCCCCGGCGAACGUAGAUGCUGGCGUUAUGUAUCGAGAUGACCGCGCCAUGUAUAACAAGAAAGCACAAGAUAUCGUCGAGAGGUCCAAGAACGACAUUCCCGAUGGCUUCGUCAUGCCAACCACGCUUGACCCUCCGCCGCCGCCGAAGUCAGCAGAUGACGACCCUGCAUUUUGGGCCGAGAGUGACGAUGAGGAGUUCGAUUUCGGAGGUAGCGAUACGGGCGAGGAUGCAGAUUUAGCAGAAUUCGAUGAGGAUGGAGAAGAGGAAGGCAUCAGCGACGACGACGACAAUUAAUGAUACCUUGCUUCACGUAUAUUUUUGAGCCUCGCUACUCGACUGAAGAAGCUCACCGGCAAACCAUUUUCUAACUCCGUAUACAUCUGCAUUAGCCGGGGUAUGGCGUUUCAUGGAUCUUGUCUACUAUUGGCCC